UAGGUGUGGGCAGCUGCUUAGUACGUAGGAGAAACUGAGAAAUGAAGGGCCAUCUCUCACAUGAUUAUCAUUUGGAGGUUCCGGCACCCGUCGUAUGGGACACCUACCGUGGCCUCGAGCUCGGAAAACUGGUCAAUCAAAUGUUUCAAGAUGUUGUGGGAACGAUCGAAGUUGUUCAAGGUGACGGAGGCGUCGGAACUAUUUUAAAGAUCACAUUCCCUCCUGGACCACUGGGAUUGAGCUAUAUGAAGGAAAUAUUUAUACAAGCCGAUGAUGAACAACGGGUGAAGGAAAGUGAAGUCAUUGAAGGAGGAUUCAAAGAUGUUGGAUUUGAUGUUUAUCGUUAUCGCUUUCAUAUCAUCGAGAAAAAUGGUGAAUCAUCUAUUAUCAGGUCAUCGGUGGAGUAUGAAAUAGAUGACAAGCUUCAAGAGAUUGCUUCCCAAGCCACUACCAAGCAAAUGGAAGCAUUGAAUGAAGUUGUUGAGAAAUAUCUCAAACAAAAAUGGGAUUCCUCUAAUAAGAAACCUUAAAUGUCUUCUCUCCAUGCAAUAAGAAUAAUGAGCUUAAAUGGUUCACGCAAACACAUUUAAGACUCGAUGUUUGAACUUUUUUCUAUUUUUACUGUAUCGUUUCUUUUGAAUCGAUGAAAUUAUGGAGAAUUAAUAA